AUGCCGAACGGGAAGAAAGGGACGGUUCCGGCCAAGCCGCGCAGGGAUGUGCUGGCUUCGCUGCGUAUGGCAUCGCUCGAGGAGAUCUCUAGAGCCUCGUUACCUGCAGAGAUCGUUUCGUCGAUUCUCGAUUAUCUUGGUCCGGUAGAUCUUAUUCGAGCGGCACGUUCGUGCAAGCUGCUACACGAAAUGGCAUAUGACGACACUCGAUGGGUACAAUUGCUGAAACGAAUUGGAUGCUGGGAUGAGUCCAACGCACGAAAGCAUUCGGAGAAGGUUUAUGGGACAGUUGCCGAAUUCGAUGCCGUCGAGGAACAGGAUAUUUUGGAUGAAGCAAAUGGUGUCAUUCCGAAAAUUGCAGUUGAAGGCGUCCCCAGUUCUGGGGUUGAUGCUAUAUCCGACGGCUUCGACAAGAUCGAACUUGGCAAAGCAGCCGCUCAACUUGAACCUUUGGGAAAUGAAGCAAACGAUCCCGAUCUGUUUGUGUUGAAGCAGGUCAGUUCAAUACGAGGCGAGGCCCGUCAGGAAUAUGGAAAGAUUCACGCCGCAUUGAGCCCCUUGUACGACGACAUUGCGAAAUCCGGGCCCUCUACUGAGAAUCUGGUGUUCACCAAGUAUAAAGACCCUCAAAUCCAAGCACAAAUGCUUUUUCAAUUACAAGCGUUCUCAAACAGUGAUAUGACUACGGGAUGGCAAUGGCGGGUCCAUCGCCUGGAAAGUGCAAUUUCCAUGUUUGAAACAGCAGCGUUAAACGAGUUUCGACAGGGUUACGAGACGGAUGACAUCGAUGGACUGAUGCGUAAAUACGCUCAUAUUCUGUACAGUCUUAACGGUGGACAAUCCGCCUUGGAGCUGUUCAUCCAUCACAACCAUCUAAUGACUCGAAAGUCCGAACUGGGCACAUUGGCAGAUUGCAUUGAUGGUGUGGCUGGGCAAGUGAAAGUCCAACAUACCCAAGCCUUUUUCACCCGGUUCAGUGUCGCCUACAACGAGGAGGUUACGAUCAUGAAUCGUGCAUUCCCUUCUGAACUAGAAGUGGCAUUGCCAUUCAUGGAGAAAGUUCGACAGGACGUUCUCUUUCCAUUUGUGACAGCUAUAUUUGACGAGCUGCAUCGUACCAACAAGGAAUCCUACCUCACUGCGGUUUCCGUCACAUUCAUUCAAUGUAUGAAUCUAUCCGAGACUUUACUGCCAAUCCGAGAUUCUAGCAACAACUUCGACCAGUAUCUGGAUACUGUUGUGACCAAAAUUUACGAACCUCAUAUUGAGCUUUACUUGGCGGAAGAACUUGACUUCUUCCGCAGGACCUCUGAGGGGACAAUUGAUGACUGGGAUCGCCAGCUCUCGGAGCAAGCUGCCUCGACAGAGUCCUUUUUGAUGUCCAAUGUCAAUCGCCAAGCCGACAAACGAGAUUUCUUGACAUCUUUCAAGAAAGUGAUCAUGAUGCCAGUCAACAUUCUCCCCAGUUUUUCAAGCACAAAGAACAACGAGGACGCCAAGUCUGAUUCAGACACAAAUGGAACCAACACUCCCAAAAACCUCCAUCGUUUCUCAACGAUCUCCUCGCCAGCUCCAUUGCCCAUCGAAGAGGCGCCCAAGACGGAACUGGCAGCCAAGGCUUUGUUAAUGAAAUCGAAGAUGGAAGGCAUUCGAUCCUUGUUCAGUAUUGAGAUUGCUCUCAGCCUGGUACAUUCCGCUAAAUCCAGUCUUGAAAGAGCCGCACAAUUUGUAAGAUUGGGUGGCGAAUAUGGAAAAGCAGCCAAACAACAAUGUGAAGCCAUUUUUGUCUCUCUCCUAGGCAUCUUGGGCCAUCGACACGUUAUCAUUGGUUUCAAUAAGGCCGUUGAUCAUCUUUCGAAUUACCGGCCCCGAGAGCAAGACGAACGCGAUCAGUCAGGUGUUGAGCCUCUGGUAACAUUUUUGGAGUUGGUCAACGUCGGAGACCUGAUUCUGCAAAUGGUGGAUGUAUUUUAUGAGCAAGAAUUGAUCAGUACUCGCCUGACCGACCGGAGCGAUUUCUUAGAUCCAGCCGUGAAGGAAAAGAAGAAGUUCGAGCAGAUGCUGGACGAGCAAGUUGCAGCCGGACUCAACAAGGGUAUUGACGUACUCAUGGAAGAAGUGGACUACAUUCUCGCUACGCGGCAGCUGGCCACCGACUUUAAUCCUGAAGUCUCGGCAGACCCUCAUCGACAAAUCAUGGAUGUCGGCCUUAGCGAAGCUGCCGCGGCAGUUGUUGAUGUGGUUUCGUCGCACACGCAGAUGCUGGUGGGGAGUACUGACAAGAGCACUCUGGAUGUAUUCAACCAGGAGGUCGGGCUACGUCUUUUCACCGCACUGUGCAAACAUCUCAAGCGUCAACGGAUCAGUGUCGAAGGAUCCUUGAAACUGAUCAGUGACAUGAACCACUACUUCAAGUUCGUCCAGACCCUGAAGAAUAACGAGCUUCUUCUGUACUUUAAGGCAUUCCGCGAACUCGCUCAGAUCUAUCUAAUCGACCCGUCUGAUGCUAAGGAGCUAGCGACACUCAUCGCCGAUGCCGACCGCUUCCAGGGGAUCUGGCGUGUGGAAGAAGUAUACGAAUUUGCGGAACGCCGGGCCGAUUGGUACCAGGUGAAACGCGAUGUUGAACGAGCCAUGUAUGGUAUUGGAUGCAGCGUGAUGUAA